CGCCGAUAAUCGCUAUGCGAUUACAUGUCUAUCACUGAUUCAUAACGAUAACGAAGGUAAUUUUCAGAGUACUCGUUAAGACGACUUUACCUAGAAAAAUACAGUCUUUGUAGAAGCAAGCAGACUUUUUGUUUCCUUCGUGAAAUAUCUACAACUGACAUUUCAUGCGCGCGUGUCUUUUCAUGGAGACAUCGUCGAGUGAUAUCGUCGAGUCACAACUGACAGGAUGGAUGUUCUGAACAAGCUACGAAAUACAGUCAGCAAUACUAUUAGUAAUACGGUUCAGAACACAGCAUACGGUCUAUCGCAACUAUCCAGCGUUUUACCUGGUAAUCCCGUAACCAGAGAAUUCGAAGCGACUGCUCAUGUAGCAAGCGCUGGUCCAGGGUUACUAUGGAAGGUCUACAGUGGUUACAAAAAGUCUACCAAGCAGGAAGCUGCAAUCUUUGUGUUUGAAAAACGCAUUCUGGAGAAAUGGUCCUCUAAGGCAGAUCGGGAACUCGUACUGGAAACUCUGAAGCGUGGUGUAACGCAAUUGACAAAAUUGAGGCACCCACAGAUUCUGACAGUGCAACAUCCACUGGAGGAAUCCAGAGACAGUCUUGCAUUUGCGACUGAACCAGUAUUUGCUAGUCUGGCUAAUGUAUUAGGUAAUGAUGAGAAUAUACCUCAACCAACUCCAGCAAACUUAAGAGAUUACAAACUGCACAGCAUAGAAAUACGCUAUGGAUUGUUGCAACUAGGAGAAGGUCUGGCAUUUUUGCAUGGUGAUGUAAAACUGUUGCAUAGAAAUUUGUGUCCAGAAUCAAUAGUUAUUAAUAUUCAUGGAGCAUGGAAAAUAUUUGGCUUUGACUUCUGUGCCUUAAAUCAAAGUUCAGAUAGCAAGCAGCCAUCAUGGUCAUAUGUAGAAUAUGACCCAACACUCCCAGCUGUUGUCCAACCUUGCCUGAAUUACCAGGCACCUGAGUGCAUAUUAGCAAGCAGCAAUGGACCACCAAGUGAUAUUUUUGCUUUGGGAAUAUUGAUAUAUGUAAUACAUUCCUCAAAACAUCAAACACUUUGCGAAUCUUAUGGUGACUUGGGAAAAUGCCGACGUUUUCUCGAAAGUCUCAAAGGAUCCAAUGUCUCAGCAAAGCUCCUUCCAAUUCCUGAGACUCUCAGAGAUACUGUGAAGCUUAUGCUUAGUCAUAGUCCAGAACUCAGAUUAGAUGCCCAUCAAUUCAUAAAGAUUGAGUAUUUCACAGACAUUGGCGUUAAGACGUUGAAUUACUUGGAUAAGUUAUUCCAGUGGGAUAAUCUCCAAAAAUCGCAAUUUUACAAGGGACUUCCGCAACUUCUGAAGCAAUUGCCGCACAGAGUGGUGCUGCACAGAGUAUUGCCCGCGCUCUACAAAGAAUUAGUUAAUCCACCUAUGAUACCGUUCGUACUGCCGAGUAUAUUGCAAGUGAUGGAAGUUACCGAAGUGGAGGAAUUUCGAGAACAUAUUCUUCCUAAUUUGAAACCGGUUCUUGCUUUGGAAGAUCCGCCACAGAUUAGCUUGGUUCUCAUGCAGCAAGUUAAUUUGCUGCUCAAACUGUGUCCUACAGAUGUCAUUAAGACCGACAUAGUGCCUAUGUUGCUGCGUGCAUUGGAAUCUGAAUGGGAACAGCUCCAGGAGCUUUGCCUGUCGGCGUUGCCAAGCAUAGUGACGAUGAUCGAGGGACCAGUGAUUAAAAAUGCCAUAUUGCCGCGAAUGAAGAAAAUAUGUUUAUCGCCAGGAAAGAAGACCAGUAGUCUCGGGGUCCGCGUUAACUGUUUGCUAUGUCUCGCCAAAAUGUUGCCAAGUUUUGAUCGUUGGUUGGUGUUCGAUCAGAUAUUACCAUUUCUGCAGGAAGUUCCUCAUUCCGGCGAGCCAGCCAUUUUAAUGGCUAUCAUAGGUAUUUACAGGAUGUUGCUCACUCAUAGCAAGUUGGGUAUGGGCAAAGAGAUACUGGCGACGAAGGUAUUACCGUUUCUACUACCUCUCUGUAUAGAACAAAACCUAAGUAUGUCUCAAUACGAGACGCUUUCGACUCUGGUGGUCGAUAUGAUAAAUCGAGUGACCAGCGAGCAUCGAGACGCAUUACGUCAAUUAGACGCAGUGCGUCGUGAAACGCAGCAGUUCGAUCAGGCACUCUCUCAAGCAGCUUCGCCCACUUUCAUGCAGAACAACAGUCUGAGCGACAUUAAUUUAACACCGGAGAAGUCCACGAAUGUUAAUCUCAAAACUAUGAAUGAGAAUGGAUUAACCAUAGAGGAUAAGUUCAGAUUAAUUCAACAGCAAGAGGCUCAUCAGAGAUUGCAGUCUCAAUCCAUGUUGACUCCUAAAGCUGUGUCACAGACUGUUAAACCACAGCCGAAGGAUCUGACGGCGACUUUGUUAAAGAACAAUUUAGACGAACUAAACUUGUCCAUGUCGAGGUCGGCCAUGUCACCGGAUUACACAGCCAAGAACACUACUGGCUUGUCCUGGAAUAAGAAUAACAAUAUCAAUCAGACGCAACCACAAUUCAUAACGUCUCCGACGCUAAGCUCGCAGACGAUGCAGACGAGUAGACCAAUGAAUUGGAAUUCCAACGGAAUCAACGCAACCAUGAAUUGGAGCUCGGAUCAGCCCGCAUCGAUGUGGAAUCCAGUCGCUUCGCAGAACAAUACCGUGUACUCGCAGUGGGAAGGACAAGCGAAGUUUACAACGCAACCAGAGAUCAAGCCCAACUUAAAUUUCACCGGCACGUUACAGCCUUUCAUGUCGCCAACUAAUAAUUCGCAAACCGCGAGCAAGCCGAAUUCAUCCACGCAAGAUAUCAUGGAUUUGCUCAGUUAAUUCGCUCGACGAGAUUUCCGACGGUGGUUUCGUCAAAGAUAAAAAUCACGUCGGUACUUGAUAAAAAAUUACGAAAAAAACAAACUGUCUUUUAUAUCAAAGUCGGCAAUCAAAGAUUGCAGCGUUACAUACACACACAUCGGGUUAGUAAGAAGCAUUUUUAACGUAUGCUUUAUACAGAGGCUGUUUCGCUCAAAGUAAUUCAGCCACAUCUCUUAAGAAACAGAACUAUCGUCGAAAAGAAGGGACUAUUUAUAAGGUUAAUACGUAUAGCAUCACGUUUAAUUUCUUUUCUUUCGUUCAGAACUUGAGAUAUAUCUCAAUUUAAGAACUUAAGAUCUUGAUAACUUUUAAUCGAAUUUUCUGCGAUUAAGACCUUGCAUACAAGAUCCAUAUUUCAUGUCUGUAUUUCUUACAAUAAUUUCUCGUCUCGCGAUAGCGUCAUUGGUAAAAGUCUGCAUGUGUUGUGUCGUAACUCUGUCCCGACCAUCAGUGGUUAUACCGCAAACCUGGCGUUUGCGUCGAUGUUUUAAUAUUUUAUGUGAGCCCUAUUAACGUGGAUAUAUUUGUACAAUGACGUUCGGAGUUGACAACCGCAUUAUCUUGUAGGUAAUAUGAAUUCCUGAAUGCACGAAUGAAUGAGUACGGGUACGAUGUGAGGCUUCGUUGAUGUUACUACGAAUGAGCAGUAACGAAGAAUAGUAGUAACCACGAUUGUGUGAUAAUAAAAUGGCAGUCACCAUUUUUUUGCGGAACUACGUAGAAUUUACGGAAACACGUUGUGUUUUCAUCGUGAUUCAACUCGCCAUAUUCUCUCACGCUUUGAUGUACAUACGUAGCUUGGUCGCGGGACAAGGAAGUAACUUUAAUGUAAGAGUCCUAUAAUAUAUAUAUAUAUAUAUAUACAUACAUACAUAUAUAUAUAUAUACAUACAUACAUACAUACAUAUAUAUAUAUAUAUAUACAUACGUACAUAUAUAUAUAUAAUAUAGGAAAAUAUAUAUUGCUCAUUCCAACGGAUCCAUGGAUCGUUCACGGUGAAAAAGAUUGGUUGAAUUAACAUGACUAACUAAACGCAUUUUGAUCGAAGAGAAGUUCCGCUUAAAAAUAGGACAAAAUUCAUUUCUUAAGAAACAAAAAUUCAGUUUCCCUGAACCAAAACGCGUUUAAUUGUGUCGUCACAUCAACCAAUCUUUUUUUUCCGUUGGUUUCAUUCCGUACUUUGCAAUUUGUAACAACACAUCGCUCACGCGUACGUAUCAAUCAGUAGAUGAAUUUUCCUGUCGCCUGGUAUCCGCUUCAUCGUCUCGUACACGUAAAGAAAGCUUACAUUUCAUAAUAUACUUAUAUGUUAUUACUAAAUGAUCAAGCGCGCGUUUGUGUUAUGAAUGAUCAAUACGAAUGAGACGAUGCACAUUGGUUUUAUUUGAAACCACACAGAGGAACGUCACGGGUUCUCGCGUCUCCGAAUUUUAUCGCAAGCAGUUUCGUUAUUCCUGUGUGCGCGAUUACGACACGUACGGGCAAGUAAGCUCGAUUCGAUCGCGACUCAGUAAAAUUGUAAAAAAAAAAAUGACAGAUUUGUAGUGUUGUUUCUACUUUAUCUCUUACGCGUAAAUUCUAUAAUGUUAUCUCGAGUGUUCGUUCCUUUAUUUAUUUUGCUGUUGUGCACGAUUGUUAACGCUGACGCCGAGUCUAAUAAAACCACCGAAAAUGUUAAUUCA